AUGCAUACUGUUUUCUCUUUGUUUGAAGCAAGCUUGUGUUCAUCAGACCACUCAGCUAUUUCUCUAAUUGCUGUAUGGAGUGGAGUAACGCAUAUCGAAAGUGCUUCUGACUUUUCGGAAGAAGUUGUAGCUAAAGUGCCGUCAGGACUUACUAUACUAGCUAUUUUAGAGAUUUUAGGCUUUAGCGUAGAUUUCGCGCAGUGGCUGAAACCGCUGCUACCAUGUUUUUCCAAUUUUUUCAACUCUGUGUUUUUCCGGAACUUCCAAUUUAGAGACAAUUCUGAAGAGCUUUCUGAACGACAUUCCCUUAACGCCACCAACGCAGAUAAAAUCAGUGAUACAAAAGUGGUUAUUGAAGAUGAAUCAAAAAAGAAGAAGAAAAAGAAAAAGAAGGACAAGAUUCUGGACGCAGAAGAGCUUCCACAACAGGAAGAUCCAGAAGUUUUGGCAGCCAAAGAGAAAGAAAAACAAGCGAAAAUUAUGAUUGCUAAUCAAGAUGCUCGAAAUAAAACCAUGUGGAGACAUAUGGCUUGGCUCGUCAUUCUCUUCGCUUUCUCAUUAUUUGGAGGUGUCAUUUUCAGUGCCAUUGAAGGUUUAUUUCAUUCUUUUCUUAUGCUCCCUCUACAUCUGGAUUAUAUAUUCUUUGCAGGUGGCUAUGAAACGACACAGCUCAUCAAAAAGUUUGAACACGAAAAAGAUGUGUACGAGAGACGAAAGAUCUAUCAAGAGCAACUAUUUCAAAGACUUCGAGAAAUUGAACAAGACAAUACAAAUCCACGUGGUAGGAAUUCGUCGAGAGAACACUUUAAGCUAGAGCAAUCUCGACAUGCUUUGGAAUGGUACGAACAGAAAAUGGGUGUUACGAUAGUCGAACCACAAAUGAAAGAAACAAAAUGGAAUUUGUGGGGCGGUGUUUAUUAUUCUGCUAGUUUAUACACUACGAUUGGAUACGGUAACUUUCAUCCGCUCACUAAAAGUGGCCGAAUUAUUUCAAUGAUGUAUGCCUGUGUUGGAAUCCCGUUGGUUUUUACAAUUCUUCUUGAUUGGGGAUUCUUGUAUUUCACAUGGAUUGAGUAUGGAUGGAAUCGGUUCAAUGAAAACUUUUGUCAAAAAAGUCUCCAAAGAGAUAUGCAACGACGGAUUCGUCGGGAACGGAUUCGUCGUGUUGGCAGUGAAUUAUCUAUGUCAUCUACGGCUCCAUUACUCCACAGGACAACCACCCAGUUAUCUAAUCCAGCGCAACAUAUCGAAUCAAAUCAUCCAUUGACUCCUCUUGAUAUUGAUGUACCUAUGGGAGAGCAAGUUCAAACAGUUCCAAUAAAGUCUGCGGCUAUUUUCUUCUUUCUCUGGAUUAUGAUUUCUGCUUUUAUUGUCAGAUUAUGGGAAUAUGAAUGGACGUAUUUCACCGCAUUCUACUUUUUCUUUACAUCCCUCACAACCAUCGGUCUAGGUGACGUUGUCACUAAAACUCCAAACUUUAUCAUUUUCAAUUUGGCGAUGACUCUAGUUGGACUUUCGGUCGUGGGACUCUGUGUAGCUAUUGUUCAAGCAAAAGUGAAGCUUGUAUUUGACAGAAUGUUGAGAAGUAUCGAUGCGCAGUACAGAAUCCGUCAGGUAGAUCCCCACGUGGCAACGAUGAGUAUUGUGGAAGAUGAGGAAGAAGGUGUGAAGCGGCUGAUACAGUCACAAUCCCUGGAGGACAGAAUCAUAUUUUUGUUUGUUGAUGAGCAUAAGAAAACGAUGCUUAAAGAAAGAUGGAAACAAAAAAGUUCUAUGGUGAAUAGAAUAACCCAAACGUAUCCAUCGAAAGCUGACAAAUACGUGCAGACUGGUCAACGAGUAUACGAUCAACAGCAGGGAUCUGAUGAAGAGCUCAGUGACGAAGAUGAAGAAGACGUUGAGUACGAUGAAUUGGGAAACAAGAUUGUACUUCCUCCUGUCCGCAGAUACAUUUAUACAGUUUUUGAUUAG